AUGGCUCUCAUAUCCACCACCACGCUGCUCCAAAGUAGCGUUUCAGCUCUGGCGCCACGGUCACCAGAGGAUGCCACUACUGUCUGCGGGAAAAAGACACUCAACGACAAACAGCGCGAUCUCGAAUAUGCUGCUAAUGCAUGGAACCCAACCUCGGAGGGUUUCCAAUGCCUGACGGUCAAUGAAGACGACACGAAUGUGUGGUUCAACGCUCCUUGGAUGUGGGAGGGCGAUAAGGACAAUGUUCACUCAUACCCCCACGUCAAAUUUCGGCCCUCAAAACUACCACUACCCCUGGCAGAAAUUACCUCAAUGCGCCUGGUGGGGAGUUGGAUGAUGAUAGCGGGAUCCCUGGAGACAGAAACUCUAAAGUUCAGUAGUAGCGAGUGGGACGAAAACAAGUCUUCACUAGUUGCGCUUGGCACCAAAGCCAAUGCUGCAUUUGAUAUGUUUCUGGACACUGACUCAACAAAAUCGACCGACUCGGUCUUGGCCGGUAUUGAGCUCAUGAUAUGGAUUGGUAGUGUUGGUAACCCUUGGCCACUCAAAACUAAGACGCUGGGCACACAGAAACUCGGCGAUAAAGAGUUCACUCUCUACUACGGCAAAAAUCAGCGACACAAUCACGUCUUCACCUGGGUACCGGAUAAAGACGUAGGCGAUAUAACGGAAUUCGACGAAGAUGUUUCACCACUUCUCGAAUAUGUUUGGCGUAACGGCUUGAUUGCAAACUCGACAUACUUGGGCAUAGUUGAGUUCGGGUCAGAGACGUGGCAGUCAUCAGUCAACGUGACCUUCUCGGCGGCAAGUUAUAGCCUGACUAUCAACGCCACGGGGGCUUCUUCGCCAGGGUCUAGAAUCUCUCCGCUGCCAACAGGCUGCUGUGAUCUGGAUUCGAGUGGGUGGAUCCUGCAGAAAAUUUGCUGCAGAUGGCUGUUGGUUGUUAGUCUUGCUUUGUGGGGCAUAAUCUAA